AUGACAACUGAUGACAUCGACAUGCAAUCAUCAUCCACUGAUUCAUCUCCGUGUCCAUCCCAGCGAUCCCUAUCACCUGAACCCGAGCCAUCAAAAACGCUAGCAACCAAAACCUUGGAAUGUUGUAACCACCUCAAGUCAAAGUACAAUUUGACACCAAAGAAGUUCAUCGUGGCGUUUCUGACUGGGGAUAAUGAUACCCUUGCGUUUUGCCGGCGUUAUUGGGGCACUCGCGAUGGCUGGCCUUCCACGCUUAAAAUGAUUCAAACAGUUAAGGAGCAAGUCAUCAAGACUAGAACUGGUGAAGCUUGCUGGCUUGAAUUCAUCAAGAACAAAGCCAUACAGAUCUUGAAUAACGAGAACCCCCCAACUGGAGACUACCCAGGCGGAUGUUUUCAAAGCAGCCAAACUGUUGAACCAUCUUUUUUUGAUCAUGAUGCUGCGUGCACCCGAGAAGAAUUGCUCACCCAAGUUCACAUGCCUUUCCUCUUUGAUACAGUCAUGGGGACUCUUCAACCAUCAAAUCAAACCAAAUCAUCCCCUCCUGACGAUCAACCACUCGUUAAUCCAAAUGUAGUGAACGCUGACAAAAACACGUUGAUGGAAUUGGAGGAUAUUCAGUACCAGAACAGUACUACAUUGCCUUGUUGGAUGAAAAAAGCGGCGGCAGUCGCACCCAAGGUCAAGUGCCGAAUCCAACCGGAAGACUACACCCAUCGAGGCAAAGAAAGAAAGACCAAGGCCUUUCCCACAGAGUCCAGAUAG